AUUAGGGGAAUUUGAUUCUAUGCCCAAAUUGACACACCUCUUUUAGAAUAAACCCAAUCAUAAGAGUGUUUUAAUAUACACCCAAAUCAAUUAAUUUUUUUUAUGCAAAAUAAAAAAACCUAUUAAAUAGAAUAAAUAAUAAAACCCAAUGUUGUUAAAAAUUACUAAAGCUGCCACUAUCAAAUUCCCCAUUCACCUAUUAAAUAGGAUUGAUAAUAAAAUCCAGAUUUGUUGCCGAUGGAAGUCGAUCAUGAAACGGCUGCCCAUAGACGUCGCCCAAAAUUAUUCAACCCUUGAUUUCAGCAAUUGAAAAUUCUCCUCUGGGUUGGAGGUUACGUAAUCUCCAUAUUGAAGAGUCUAAUCUGUACAUUCAAAGCCGGUGUCAAUAUCUCUACAAGCUUGUGAUAUAAAUGGAUUGCACAAUCAGAGGUUGGUGGGUUGCUUGUGUUCGACAGCAUAUCCGAUUGGUACGGUUGAUGAGUAUUGUGGUUGCUACCUAUUCAAAAGGUAUGUGUGCUCCUGACGAAGAGGUAUUUGUUUUGUGAUGGUUCUAGGUUUUUGCUAUUGAGUAGGUAUGAUAGACUAUACAAGUUCUUGAUUGCAGGUUUUUGUUUCAUCUUCUUGUUUCUCAAUAGAUACUACAAGUUAAUUUUGAUGGCUAAAGAGUACAUUACCUGGAAUUUAGGUGCGACCUUCUCAAGUUUGGACGUGUUAUGACCGACGAGUUAAGGGCAGAUAUUACUGAAGUGAAGCUUGAUCUGAUAGAGUCCACACCGUUCAAGGAUUUGUUUAGAGCUUUUUAUAAGUGGCAAAUAAUAGACUCUGCUUGUAGGAAGUCUAAUAGUGACAUCAUUUCUCUUUUAAAAUGCUUUGACAAGGAAAAAAACUCGUUUCAGUUUGGGGAAAUUACUGGUACCAUAUCUGUAGGUGACAUUCCAGAACUGUUUGGUUUGAAUAUUGAAGGUCGUGAGAUCAACCUUAACCAGAAGAAGAGAAAAGGGGAUUCUGACUUCAUUAAAAGACGAUUCCCUGGAGUGAAAAGGUUGUCCAAGGUGAUCCUGGAGCAACUAAUCAAAGAUGUAUCUAACACUAUUACGCUUGGCAUUUUUGAAAGAUAAGGGUAAAUCAAUUAUUAAGAGCAAGAUGAUAUGGAAACAUGUGAAAAGAGAAGGGCAAGUGAGUCUAUUUACGUUCAAUGUAUCAAACAAAGACAGGGACUUGCUUACCUGGUUGGGAAGGAAUAAUGUUCAUCAUUUCCCUAUUAUUUCAAGCAAGGAAUGUCCUAAACAAGAUCCUUCCAGUGUGGACAGCGGGAUUGCUGUGACGUACAUUAUCAAGCGAUUAUCGGAAGGUCUUGAAUUAGAGUCUACCUUUAAAAAAGGUGCCAUGACUCAGCAGAGAGCACAUGUUUUGGGAAGGUUCUUAAGUGACAACAAUGACGGUUAGGCUCAUCUUUGUGUAAGGAGUUUGGGAGGGACAAGAAUGCCAUUUGGAAGGCCUUUCAUCAGUUUUUAUGUCUUUUCUGGAAUGUUAAUGAUUGUGGAUGCUUAAAGUGAUCUUAUAUGUAUUUUUUGCAAUGUUUGAGAAUUUGUAUGAUUAAAGUGUGUUUCUUAAAACACGAUGGAUCGUGUGGAAAUCAUUUUAUUUCUGAAUAAAUUUUUUUU